AUCACCCAAAACAAUCAUAUAUAGAGCAAAUUAAUAUCACACUAUAGUGCCAAUAUGGCUCUUAAUCUCGCUAAACUUUCAAUCUCUUUCCUUUUAUUACUCCUUUUAGAAAAUCCAUUUUCCAUUGUUGAGUCAAGAACCAUAAAACCUUCCAAGGAUUCAUUCACCCAAAGUCUUCAAAACCUCAAAGGUGUUCAAAAGGGACAAACACAAAAAGGCAUUGGAGAACUCAAAAAUUACCUUAAAAGAUUUGGCUACCUAAAUGUUCAACAUGACGCUACUCCUUCCACUACUCUAAACGACCAUUUUGAUGAAAACUUGGAAUUUGCCCUCAAAGAUUUUCAAACAUACCAUCACCUACAUGUAACUGGUCGUGUAGACACUACAACCAUAAAAAUCUUGAGUCUUCCACGUUGUGGUGUCCCUGAUUUACCAAAACAUAGUCACAAACAAAAUGGUUUAGAGAUGUCUUCAAGCUAUGCCUUCUUCCAAGACUCACCAAAAUGGAGUGACACAAAAAGGAAUUUGAAAUACAUGUAUAAAUCAAGUGUUGAUGUGUUGAGUAUGGAUGUUGUGAGAAAAGUGUGUGAGAAUGCGUUUUUAAGUUGGUCGGAAGUUAGUGAUUUCACAUUUACGGAAGUUGGGGAUGAAGGCUCGGCCGAUAUAAAGAUCGGAUUUCACCGUGGUAAUCACGGUGAUGUUUACCCUUUUGAUGGGCCAGGAAAUGUUCUAGCUCAUACUUUUCCUCCAGAAGAUGGAAGACUCCACUUUGAUGGAGACGAAAACUGGACCAACAAUCCCACAAGUCUUGAGGAUAACUUUGGUCUUCAUGCUGGAUUGUUGGGGAAGGAAUCUAAUCCCUUCCAAAGACCAACGGCUACGACAAAACAAUUUGAUUUGGAAACUGUGGCUUUGCAUGAAAUGGGUCACCUUUUAGGGCUUGCACACAGUACUGACCAAAAUUCAGCUAUGUAUCCCUAUUGGGCAGGUGUAAGGAGAAAUCUAAACCAAGAUGAUGUGGAUGGAAUCACGGCUCUUUAUGUGCUUCAUCGUUAACUAGAAAUAGAAACUAAAAUCUUUGUUCCACACUUAAUUAAGUUAUGGGAAAGGGUUGUUAUAUACUUCCUCCGUCCCAAUAUAUAAGCAAAAAUUAGUUAACAUAAAUUGAUGUAUUUGAUACAAUUUUUGAACUAAAUACAUUAACUUUUGUUGACCAAUUUUUUGAAAGUUGGUUGCUAACUUGGUCGAAAGUUGGCGUGAAUUAGAUGUGUAAUUAUAGAUAAGACACUACACUCUAAUGGUUAUGAGCACGAUUGAGAUGAGUGAUUGUCUAGCUUAUAUUUUAUAGAAGCACUAAAAAAAAUCAAAGUAGUAUAAAUACAUUUUAAAACUAUGGAACAUUUGAAAAAUAAGAAAAAAAACAUUUUAAUGAGUAUA